ACACUUUACUCAUUUAGCGGUUAUUACACUCUUCUUAUUGUUUUUAGAUGUUCUAUAGCAUCUGCUUCUAACACCUAGCUCUCUGGUUGAGGAGAGAAGAGUAAGCAACAACAACCAAGUCAUCAAUCUGACAGAGACAAAAUGUCACACCCACCAAGAACCAAAGCACCUCAAAUCUCUGAUAUUUUAGCGGUGGUAUUAUUAUUAUUGUUAGUAUCAGUGACAGAAUCAGCAAUAGGAGUGAACUGGGGGAUUGUGUCUUCCCACAGGCUGAAGCCAUCCACAGUAGUGGAUCUAUUGAAGGAUAACAAGAUACAAAAAGUGAAGCUUUUUGAUACUGACCCUGAUGUGUUAAAGGCUUUAAUGGGGAGUGGGAUUGAGGUGAUGGUUGGCAUCCCAAAUGAGAUGUUGGCUCCUCUAAGCUCUUCUACUGCUGCUUCUGAUUUAUGGGUUCGCCAGAAUGUCUCCGGAUAUGUUGUUAAAGGCGGUGUUGAUAUUAGGUAUGUUGCUGUGGGAAAUGAGCCUUUCCUCUCAAGUUACUCAGGUCAAUUUCAGUCGUAUGUUCUACCUGCUCUGCUUAAUCUACAACAGUCCUUGGGUAGGGCAAAUCUUGCUGGCUAUGUGAAGUUGGUGGUCCCUUGUAAUGCUGAUGCCUACGAGUCCUCUCUGCCUUCUCAAGGGGCAUUUCGUCCUGAACUGACACAAAUUAUGACUCAACUUGUUCAAUUCCUCAAUUCAAAUGGUUCUCCAUUUGUAGUCAAUAUCUACCCAUUUUUGAGCCUCUAUGGGAGCUCAGAUUUUCCCCAAGACUAUGCGUUUUUUGAGGGCACUAGCCAUGCUGUUACUGAUGGACCCAAUGUUUACUAUAACGCAUUUGAUGGAAAUUUUGACACUUUGGUUGCAUCACUGAGCAAAAUUGGAUAUGGUCAAAUGCCUAUAGUUAUUGGGGAGGUAGGUUGGCCAACAGAUGGAGCUUCCAGUGCAAGUCUCACUGCUGCAAGGACCUUCAACCAAGGCCUUAUCAAUCAUGUCCUAAGUAACAAAGGAACCCCUCUUAGGCCAGGUGCCCCUCCCAUGGAUAUUUAUCUUUUUAGUUUACUUGAUGAAGGUGCCAAGAGUGUACUCCCGGGAAACUUUGAGAGACAUUGGGGUAUUUUCUCCUUUGAUGGCCAGGCUAAGUAUCCACUGAACCUGGGUUUGGGCAAUAAAAUAUUGAAGAAUGCAAGAAAUGUCCAGUACCUACCUUCUAGGUGGUGUGUGGCAAGCCCCUCUCAUGAUCUAUCUGAUGUGGCAAACCACGUGAAACUUGCUUGUAGUGUAGCUGACUGCACCACACUUGACUAUGGCGGAUCAUGUAAUGGAAUUGGGGCUAAGGGGAAUAUAUCAUAUGCAUUUAACAGUUACUAUCAGCUACAAAUGCAGAAUGAACGAAGCUGUGAUUUUGAUGGUCUUGGUAUGAUCACUUUCCUGGACCCUUCAGUAGGUGAAUGUCGGUUUCUUGUUGGUGUAACUGGUUCUAGUUCAUCAGGAUUUGCACUGUAUGAGAGGUGGAUCCUUGUUAAUGUUUUGAUAGUGUGGUUCUUUAUGGUUUGAAUCCAAGGUUGAGAUACAGCUGCAAGAAUACGAUAGUUUAGAAAUAUUCCUAAUUAUUAUUCAAGGUUAGUCUAGCCAUUAUGUGAUUGUUUACCGGGUAUACUUUUAUGUAGGAAAUUAUCUAAUGUUAAAAUUUUAUUUUCAUCA